AUGAGCAAUUACAACGACGACUACAACCGCCGUGGUGGCGGUGGAGAUCGUGGUGGCUACAAUCGGAACAACUACAGUAAUCGUGACGACUACAGGGACAAUUCACGUGGUGGUAACGACUACAGAGAAGGCCACAAUGACCGGAACAACUACCGAGGUGGCGGCGGCCAGGACAACUACAACCGCAACGAUCGCGGAUAUGAUCGUGGAUAUGAUCGUGGACAUGAUCGUGGAGAUCGCGGACACCAAGACUACGGUCGUGGAGAUCGCGGACACCAAGACUACGGUCGUGGAGAUCGCGGACACCAAGACUACGGUCGUGGAGAUCGCGGACACCAAGAGUACGGUCGUGGAGAUCGCGGACACCAAGACUACGGUCGUGGAGAUCGCGGACACCAUGGACGUGAAGACUACGGUCGUGGAGACUCCGGCCGCGGCGGAUACGGUCGAGGAGGCUACGGCAAGGUGGCUACGGUCAAGGAUCUCCAAAUGGACCGAAUGAGCUUGAACGGUGGUGGUCGUGGCGGUGGCAACAACAUGUACGGAUCUCAGCGCGAGGGUCGUGGCGGCUACCGUGCUCCACAGCGAUGCACAGCCGGGAUGUCCAACCUCGGCGAGCUUGCCGGUGGCGCCGACCAUCCGAACAUGCCAGUGGCCAAGAAGGACUUGGCCCACAACCAGCAGAAGUUCUACGAGCGCCCGGACACCUCGGCAUAUGAGAAUCCUCGUUGUGGGCAGAAGAUUGAGCUUCUGACCAACCAUGCGCUGGUUCACAUGCCAUCCACACCAAUCGUCCUCUACGAAUACAACAUCGAUGUCUUCAAGGGAAGGAAGAAGUUAGAAAAGAGGGAAGAAGCUGGUCCAAUGUUCCGGGAGAUCUUGCAAACGGUCCCGAAGCACAUCUUUCCGCCAGCCACCGAUUUCAUUUACAACGAUGUCAACUUGAUUUGGUCGACUAUGAAGCUUCCGAGUCAUGAGAGAAAAGUCGAAGGCCGAAAUCGAAACUCAUUCUACUACAAGUACACUCGCUGCGUUGAGCUGAAGUUUGAGCUGGCUACGAACUGUCAGGAUAGUCAGCUGAUUUCGACACUGGUGGAUGCGAUUGGGACCGCGAGAGUUACAUGGCCAAAACAAACUGGCAACAAGUUCUCUGUCUUCAAAAGAUCCAUCUUCCUGCUCCAAGACCGUCUCGACGAGGGAGCUUUCGCCGACGCACCGGUCUUUGUGAAACUUCGAAAUGGAGUCGACGCCCGUAUCGGAGUCUCCAUGGCUAUCCGGCUGAAUCUGCGAGUUGGAAUUACUGCUUGCUUUGAUGUCUCCCACACGCUAUUCACUCGUCCAGGCUAUCCACUGGUCCGUCUUUUCUGGGAGCUCAUCCAAGGAGAAACUCUUGAAGACGACCAGAUUCUCGAUGGACAAUGGGAUGCGGACAUGCAGUUGGCUAGACCGACAAAGAGGAAUAUCGAACUGAUGUCCAACGUGCUUAAGAAGAUGACGCUGAUCUUCUCCCCCGAGGAUGGCAUCACAAUUGACGAGAAGGGAAAGUACCAUGAGACGGAUUUGAGAAGAUUGAAGACCAGAGGCCGCGAGUUCAAGUUCUAUGAGUUGGGGCCAGAUUCAAGCUUUCAGUUUUUGGAUGAGAAGGCUGGAAAGAAGAUCACAGUCGCUGAGUACUUCCUGGCUGCGCACAACUACCGUAUCCGCUAUCCAAAUCUUCCAUGCCUCCAGAAAAAGCCAUCAAAGAUGAAUCCACAUCGUCUUGUGCUCUUCCCAAUGGAGCUUGUCAGCUUGCUCGUCGACCCGAUUCGUUUCACUGGAGCCGUCACGGAGAAGCUGAAGGGAGACAUGGUGAAGUACACUACUCUCUCCGCCGUUCAGCGUCGCCUCGUUCUUCAGAAUGUGAUUGCUCAGAAGGCAAUCGGAGACUGCCCUCAGAUUGUGGACAACGAGGAUCGCUACAUGAAGAAUCAUGAAAUCAAGAUUGAGAAGGAUAUGUUAACCGUCAAAGCGUGCCUUCUUCCUCCGCCAGAAGUCGUUUAUGGAAACUCGACGUUCUUGGAUACGGAGCAUCGAGGACAGUGGGAAGCAGUGAUCAAUGAUCCGAUUCGUACGGUCCUCGAGGACGCUGUCUACAGAAGAAACCGGAAUCCAAAUGCUCCAAAGCUCAAAAAGCGUCUGUUGGGAUCCAUUCUCAAGAUCGGCUCUCCUAUGAAUAGCACCGUUGGAUUCGACAUUGAUGACUCAUGUUAUCAUAAUCUGAUGCGCGCCAUCCACGAGGCCGGACAACCGGUCUGCUGGCAGAAUCCAGAGCUCGGCCAGGCGGCAAUCCAAGGAAGUAUGGAAUAUCUCCAGAAAAGAGACCAGCCUGGAACCAUCAUGGACUGGUUCAACAGCCUCAAGGAGAAUCUCGACGACUACAAGCAGAGCGAGGACGAGGUGAUUGUUCCAUUGGUCUUUGUGAUCUUUGAAGUUCGAUUCACCACGUUGAAUCUUCAACGCCAGGAUUUCCAGAACGAUUACAAUCUGUUCAAGUGGCUCGCAGACAAUCAUGUAGGCAUUUUCACCCAGGGAAUGUUAUAUAAGACUUUCAAUGGCAUUGGCUCCACCCCUGCCACUUGCAAGUACACUAGCCAAAUCGUUGAGAAAGUUCUUGGAAAAGUUGGAACCACCCAUCGUCGUCUGGAGAGAAAUGGAGAGCACAAGUCGUGGAAGAAGAUUGUAGUCGAACCAACUCUUCUCCUCGGCGUCGACGUCUCGCAUCCAUCGACCAGAGACUUGAUGGGAGAGGAUCAAGUGAAACGCUUGUCGGUUGCCACCGUCGUCGGAAACAUUGAUCUGGACUGCACCGAGUAUCGCGCGUCGUCCAAGAUUCAAGAUGUUGGCGAGGAGAGAAUCGUCCGGUUCGAGAAUGAGAUUCUCGAAAGAAUCAGCGAAUUUGUUCAGUUCACUGGCAAGCGCCCCGCCCACAUUGUCAUCUACAGAGAUGGUCUUUCGGAGGGAGACUUCCAGAGAACAUUGUACGAGGAGAAGAAUAGUGUGAACAUGGCGUGCCGCUCGAUUGCUGCGGACUUUAACCCCACACUAACCUACAUUGUUGUCACCAAACGUCACCAUACCAGAUUCUUCUUGAAAAAUGAGAAAGAAGGAUUGGCGGAGCAGGGCUACAAUGUCCGGCCAGGAACCUUGGUGGAGGAUACAGUAACCACCAAGAACUACUACGAUUUCUUCCUAACCACUCAAGUUGGACAAAUGGGACUCGCUCGACCAACCCACUACUACGUGUUGCACAAUAAUUGGAAGGUUCCGGGAACAUUCUGGCCAACCGUGACCCAUGCUCUCACGUACUUGUUCUGCCGAGCAACCACCACUGUCAAUCUUCCAGCUCCAGUCCUUUAUGCUCAUUUGGCAGCUAAGAAGGCCAAGGAAACAAUGGAUGGAGCACUUUAUGCCAAUGCUCUCAAUGGAAAGUUCUUGGACACCUCCUCGUUCGCAGACCUCGCCCAACUGGAGAGAUGCAUCAAGAACCACCAGGAGCUGGAUGGCAUGACAUUUGUCUAA